GAUGCCUCGCGCGGUGUCCCGUUCACUGUAUUUCCUCGAGUGAAGCGCAGAGCUGCAGCUGCUGAUGUAACGGGUCACACCGCGCGCACAACUUGAGCAAGACCGGAUACAUAUUACCGCCCUGACCGGACCGUAUUUAAUACGAUUGUCUGAAGAGAGUGUUCAUGAAACAUUGCAUGGAUAAAUCAGAUCAUCAACGCAAAUCUCGGUUCUGCAUUGGCGGACUGAAGUGGACCCGGACUGAGGCUCGUGAAUGACUGCAGGCAUACGCAGGUGGUGAUAAGAGCAAAAUGCAGAUGAGCGAGCUCGUAACGGGUGCCUGUGGAGGUGAGGAAUGACAUCAUCCAGAUGAGAGGCAUGGAGCUGAAGGUGUGGGUGGAUGGAGUGCAGCGCAUUGUCUGCGGAGUCACAGAGGUCACCACAUGUCAAGAGGUUGUGAUCGCUUUGGCCCAAGCUAUAGGUCGCACUGGCCGCUAUACGCUGAUAGAAAAAUGGCGUGAGACAGAAAGGCACCUGGCCCCCCAUGAGAAUCCUGUGGUGUCUCUAAAUAAGUGGGGCCAGUACGCUAGUGAUGUGCAGUUGGUGCUUCAACGUACAGGACCUUCUCUGAGCGAGCGCCCCACCUCUGACACCUCUGCAAGGGCCCCUGAACGCAGCCUAUACCGCCAAAGCCUCCCUCCUAUGGCAAAGCUUCGGCCUACAGUCCACGACCGGUCCCUCAAACGGCGUGAGCCAAAACGCAAGUCGCUUACUUUCACCGGUGGUGCCAAAGGGCUACGGGACAUUUUCACAAAGAGCCGUGAGGGUGAGGCCAAGCAGCGAACGGUGCACCGCAGCGGCACGCCAGCACCAACUCAAGAGCUCUCCCGCCUGGUGCAACUGCAGAAGGACAAGCUGCGUGUCCUAGAGCAAAAGCUGCAGCGUUGCGAGACGGAGCUCCAGCAAGAACUGAUGGAGGACGAGGAGGAGGAUGAGGAAGAGCUGAUGCACCUAGAGCAACAGGUAUGCAGGAAUGAGGCAGAGAUGAAGGAGCAGGAAUUCUGGGAGAACGAGCUGCAGAUUGAGCAGGAGAAUGAGAGGCAACUCCGCGAGCAGCUGCAGGAACUGCGCAGUCGUGUACAAGAGUGCGAGGAGCAACUGGGAGAGUACCUGGCACGGAUUCAGUGCAUGGAGGCGGGGCUGGAGGCUGAGCGUUUGCAGCAAGAGUUGAUGGAAACACGGAUUGCAGAUGAAAUGGAGGUCCGGUCGCGGCUGGAAAAGGCUUGUGCCGAGCUGGACAUGCAGGUGCAGCAGGCGGCUAGGCUGGAGAGCAGCUGCAGAGCUGUUGAGCUCUCUCUUGGGCAGUCUAACAUAAGGCUACAGGAAAGAGAGCAAGAGCUAGAACAGUUAACAAAGGAGCUGAGGCAGGUAAACCUCCAACAGUUUAUCCAACAGACUGGCACCAAAGUAACCGUGCUGCCAGCAGACCCUGCUGAGGAGGAUGCAAACACAGAAACAGAGACUCAGUCUGGAUGUCUGAAGCGGCUCGGAUCAGCCCGGCAACUUCCCAAUGACCUACGAGCUCUGCAGAGUCCCCUGAACACAACCUUUAACCCCGAAGGCAUCUAUGUCUGAAUUUGCACUGGGCAUCAACAUCUGAUCCCAAUGCAGUUUGCAUUUCCUACCUGACUUCAUGUCAUCUCAGACCAUAAAGAUUUCCCUUUUAUGAUCACAUUCCAUGGAUUUACAGAAGUAUCUUAUGUUCACUCCACACAAAAUUUGUCAAGUGACCAUGUUGAGUGUUCUUUCUCAAAAAAACCUACAAAGACAUCUUCAGCUGAAUGUAUGCUUCCUUUCACUGGACCCAAAGCUCAGUAAGGCCUUGUACAUGUCAUGAACAUGGUCUUUGCUAGACUCAUACUGAACAAAUAGAUGGACGUGCUGACUCUGUUCUAAGUUCUACUCAUGAACCUUUUGGUGAAGGUCAGAAAAUGCAACGUUAUGAUGUCUUUCAUUUCAAGAAUGUUUAUGAAUCUCCAGGGAAACCUCACUCUCAAUGUGAUUAUGCAAGCAGCAGGAAUUAUGAGACUUGUGUCUCUGCAGAAUAAAAUGGGCAUUUUCCAAUCAGUGAGCAGUUUCAAACCAGUAUGGACAUUUUUGAAUUUGCCUGCUACUUUGAGAUUCCCUACUUUCAUUGUAUAGUUCAGAAAUGCCAAUCCUGGUUUGGAAAUGCCCACUGAUUACUACAUUGAGAUUCACUAUUUUACAUUUACAUUUAUGCAUUUGGCAGACGCUUUUAUCCAAAGCGACUUACAGUGCACUUAUUACAGGGACAAUCCCCCCGGAACAACCUGGAGUUAAGUGCCUUGCUCAAGGACACAAUGGUGGUGGCCGUGGGGUUAGAAGCAACGACCUUCUGAUUAACAGCCCUGUGCUUUAGCUACUAUGCCACCACCACUCCAUUUUAAUUGGAUAGUUGAAAAAUGCCCAUCCCGAUUUGAAAAAGCCCACAGAUUGGGAAACACCCAUUAUUGUUCUGCAGAGUCCUAUACUUCGGAUUUAUAGAGAGGUGCAAAAUGGAUGAUAAAUUAUGCAGUUUAUAUUUUAUGGCUCAUUGGCAGGAUGAAAGCUCAUGGAGAGGGAAGGAGUUUCGCCUUAGUUUACACUUUAUUGGCCAAAACAUCUGCUGUGGUAUUUUACUGAAAUCCCAAAGCACCAUUUUCUGCACUGAUCAGGAAAUACAGAUGCAUGUGAUAUGCAAAUAAUAAUAAUAAAAAAAGCAUGAGCGAAAAUAAGAGAGGUUUUUGCAUGAAAGUAGCUUGUGUCAUUUUCGUUAAAUUCUUAAAGCGAAGGCACCUGAUUUUUGUGCUGAACAGCUUAAGUUAAAAAAAGCUACUUUUUAAAUGAUGCAGGCAUACCUUAUUGCAGCUACGCACAAGUCCUUCUAAAUAUUGGUCUGUAUUAAUGUGUUUUGCUGGGGCUUUCUGCAACACCGAUUUGGCUGUGAAUAAUUUGGGCCAAUAAGUGCACAUUAUUAGUUGUACUUUUUAUUUAGCUGAUUUUUCUGAAAUGCAAAUCUAGAGUGGUCUUUGAUCAGUUGCUACAAAAAAACAAAAAAAAAAAACAUUUUCUGUUCUUUUAUGGAAUUGAGCUAAACUGUAAUGUUUUUACCAGUUUUCAUAACUGUAUUUCAAUUCAGAUGAAACCAAAGUGUUCUGGACAGUCAUUUCCUACAUGAAUGUGGAGAUGUGAAAUUCUGCAUAUUUGCAAAGGGAAGCAGCUCCAAAAUGUCAUUUUGACAUGAUUUUAUUUUUUUUUGGAAAUGUUUGACUGUAGCAGAAUCUUCCUCCCUUAAAGCUUCAUUCACAUACAGAGUGGCAUUUAACAUUUAAUGUGGAUAUAAGCAAGGAUUUUUUAGAAGCGUUCAUAAGGUGUCCAUAUAGAUUGUAGUAGCACUUUUUAAACCAGUUUUGCAGUUUUGCAUUUCCUUUUUUCACAUGGGUUAUUUUGCUAAAGCCAGUAUUUGUAUGUGCUCUUCGUGGAUGACUAAAACAUUUGUAUUUUUGAAAAAGGAAAAAAAACAUGGCUUGGUUAAAAGCCUUGAAAAUCAUGUUUAAAUGUUUAGUUUAAGAAAAGAAAAUGACCACACAGCUCAGCUAUUAUACUGUAUAUGGUCCAUGAACUGCACCUCAAAAUUUAAGCUGUGUGUUUACAUCUAACAAUUUUAAGGACUAGUUCACCCAAAAAUGUCAUUCUUGCAUUCCACAAAAGAAAGCUAUAUGGGUUUGGAACAACACAAGUUUGAGGUUGAUUAUAGACAUUUUUGGGUGAACUGUCCAUUUAAUAUAUCUACAUGAUUUUAACAUUUUGAUCCAUCCGCUUUCAUAUUUACUGAUAGGUUUUUUUUUUGUAGCAGUCAAGUUGAUUUCACACCGAAGUGGUGUUUACUAUCGUGAUCCGCAAAAGAGCAUUUGGUUAUCUGGAUGGCACAUAAACAUUUAAAUCCCAGUCAUCUCUGUCAUAGAGGGGAAUGUUUGAGUAGCAUGCCUUACUAAAAAACUAAAUAAAGUAUAAAUAGCAUAUAGGAACAUAUCAAAAAGUAGAGUACAGAGGACUAUUUUUAACAUAGCUACAAAUAAACUGCACAGCAGUCUUCUUUGAACAGCUGAAAUUAACUAAUUGUUUUUAUUUUUAGUAUUGUUAGGCUGCAUGCACUGAGCUUGUCUGAGAUUCUCAACAAAGCCUGAAGUUCCAACUAUGGCACCAACUACAGGUGCAAUACUAAACAGGGCUUUAUGAAGACUUUAUAAAAGGCGUAACAUGCCCAUAUACACGUGUAAUUGUAACAAGCUUGAGGUGCAGGACCGAUGUCUGCAUAAGGAAUUAACAAUGUGUGCUUCUAUCACCUGUUGGUUAAGCACACAGGUGUGACUAAUAUAAUAUGAUUUGAAAUUUCUGGAUCACAAGUUUUGACCUUUAAUGCAGUACCAAAAUCCCUUUGAGCAAGAGACUUGUAUUCAACGAAAUUUUUAAAGAAUUAUGUUAAUUUAACUACUUCUUUCUUGAGACACAUUAAAUGCCUUGAGAAUUUUUUUUUUUAGCAAAAUGAUUUGUUUAUCAAGCAGCAUAAAACAUUUAUGGCAUCAGUGGAAAAGGUGCAGUAGCAUUGUAAAAUAAAAUACAUUUAGAAUAGAGCAUCACUGUUUACUGUUUUUUUUUUUUCAUGGUCUUUGCAGAAACCUGGAACGUUGUGUUUUGUGUGCGUUUAUGUGUCUACAUAACGUGGCUAUCUGGCCUAUUUUAAUCAGAUUGGUCACUCGCAUUAUUUUGUAUAACGAAAUACUAUUUAACUGACCAUUGCCCCAUGCAACCAAUUUGAAAUUGCAACCAAUUUCCCACAUAGCAGCAGAUUAAAGACAUGACAAGGUUCAA